ACCACAGAGCAGAGCCCUCAGUCCAGCACUGAGAGCAAGAUGAGCCGCCCGCUGCUGAUCCUGCUGCUAUCCACAGGAGCCCUGCUGAUCACCACUGAGGGUCAGCAGAGUUUCCAAUCGCUCCCUGAAUUAUACCAGAAUACCAUCAACCGGGCCAUUAAAGAAGCCAAUAAAGAUGCCCAGCAACAUAUGAAUUAUGCUCGUACUCGGGCACGCAAAGAGGAACGAGGCCACUUGGACUUGAGAGUUUAUUUGAAACCCACUACUUGUACAAAGACUGGAGUACACAAACAUCGAGAUGAAUGCACAUUUUUGGACAAAGUGCGCCCCAUAAUCUGUGUUGUCUGCGGCAUGAGAUUUGGCUCUGACAUUCCGGAUCCCUACACUGACUGCGUUCCUUUCGAGAACAUCAAGGAGAGGGAAGACAUUUGGAAUGCUGAAUGUACUCCCCUCCACCACCCGGGCCAAGAGGUGAUAUAUUCAGUGGGUUGAACAGAGGAGACAAUCUCUAUACUAAUGACAAUUUUGCACAGGCUGAAAGGGUUGAAAGCACAGUGCUCAUUGAUAGUACAAACAUUCAAACAUUAUUGUAUCAAUCACUCUAAUCGCUAAUGACAAUGCUAAAUACUUCAGAUCCAAACAGCCAAUUCAUCAGCAGUAGCUGUUGUCUAGUUUCAAGCUUUUUGAUUAUGCAGUUAAACAAUGAAAUCUGCGUCUUGGAUCCAACUUGUGUCCGUUUUGAUUCACUUUAAGUCUUAAAGUGCACCCAGGAUUGUUUGUGUCAAUUGAAGUAAAAAGAAAAUUU